AUUAUUCCUUGCUUGACUAAAUGAGUUAAAUAGAGUUCCAAAACAAAAAAAAAAAAAAGCAAAAAAAGCAAAAGAAUAAGAUGCUUGGGCACCCACUAUACACCCUUUAGGAAUUUUUGGACCAUUAUAAUAACACCUCAUUGCCUUCUCCAUUUUUACACACACACACACCAAAACUCUUUCUUUGGUAGAAUUAAUCAAAAACAGAUAAUGGCAGAUCAGCUAACUGAUGAUCAGAUCUCUGAGUUCAAAGAAGCUUUUAGCCUCUUCGAUAAGGAUGGAGAUGGUUGCAUCACAACUAAGGAGCUUGGAACUGUGAUGCGGUCACUGGGUCAGAACCCAACCGAGGCUGAGCUGCAAGACAUGAUCAACGAAGUUGAUGCCGAUGGGAAUGGGACCAUCGACUUCCCUGAGUUCCUUAACCUGAUGGCUCGCAAGAUGAAAGACACUGAUUCCGAGGAGGAGCUGAAAGAAGCUUUUAGAGUGUUUGACAAGGAUCAGAAUGGAUUUAUCUCUGCUGCUGAGCUUCGCCAUGUCAUGACUAACCUAGGUGAGAAGCUUACAGACGAGGAGGUUGAUGAGAUGAUCCGUGAAGCUGACGUGGAUGGUGAUGGACAGAUCAACUAUGACGAGUUCGUCAAGGUCAUGAUGGCCAAGAGGCGAAGGAGGAUGGAAGGAAGUAAAAGUGUGAAACCAAUUUCACAGAGCAAUGGAAGGAAAAGCCGAAAGAGAGAUCGAUGCAUAAUCCUUUGAUCCAAAAAAUUGUUCACUUCGGGGUCAUUUGGUUUGGAGAUUAAGUUAUUUCAGAAUUAAGUUUGAAAUUGAAUUUAUAUUUUAUUUAAUCAAAGGUAACUAACGAAAUAUAAAUUUAAUCUCAAACUUAAUCCUAAAAUAUUUCUUCUUAUUCUAUGAACCAAACGGUCCCUCCUUAGCGUGUUAUAUAUUCUACUGUUGAAAAAAAGAGUUUAUUAUAAUUAGCUAUGUGUGUCUUUAGUUUUCUUAUCAGCUUAUUAUAUAAUGUACUAGCCUUCAAAAUUAUUGUAUUAAACAAAGUUACAGGGUUAUAGCUACUUGAAUUUUUCUCUUC